GCGUGUCCAGUCACUGCCCUGCUGCUGUUCAUCCGCGCCGCGCUAAGGUCACUGCUGUCACUCGGUAGCUAACCCCGGCCGAGAAGGAAGCGGAGGAGAACCAACGACAGAAGAAGGUAGCAGAGAAAGAACAACAAGCAACAUGUCUCUGUCUAACAAACUCACCCUGGACAAGGUGGACGUCAAAGGCAAGCGGGCCAUUAUGAGGGUCGACUUCAACGUUCCCAUGAAGGACAAGCAGAUCACAAACAACCAGAGGAUCAAGGCAGCGGUUCCAACCAUCCAACACUGUCUGGACAACGGGGCCAAAUCCGUCGUGUUGAUGAGCCAUCUGGGACGUCCUGACGGAAACCGUAUGCCUGAGAAAUACUCCCUGGAGCCGGUCGCCGCCGAGCUCAAGACCCUGCUGGGGAGAGACGUCACCUUCCUGAAGGACUGUGUGGGUGCAGAGGUGGAAGCUGCCUGCGCCAGCCCGGCCACGGGAUCCGUCAUCCUGCUGGAGAACCUCCGCUUCCACGUCGCCGAGGAGGGAAAGGGCAAGGACGCCUCCGGGAACAAGACGAAGGCCUCUCAGGCGGACAUUGACUCCUUCAGGGCGUCUCUGUCCAAACUGGGAGACAUUUACAUCAACGACGCCUUCGGCACGGCUCACAGAGCCCACAGCUCCAUGGUGGGGGUGAAUCUGCCUCAGAAGGCGGCCGGCUUCCUGAUGAAGAAGGAGCUGGACUACUUUGCCAUGGCGCUGGAGAAACCUCAGAGGCCCUUCCUGGCCAUCCUCGGAGGAGCCAAGGUGAAAGAUAAGAUCCAGCUGAUCAACAACAUGCUGGAUCAGGUCGAUGAGAUGAUCAUCGGCGGCGGCAUGGCCUUCACCUUCCUCAAAGUCCUCAACAACAUGGAGAUCGGUACCUCCCUGUACGAUGAGGAGGGAGCCGGCAUCGUCAAGGACCUGAUGGCCAAAGCAGAGAAGAACGGCGUUAAGAUCACGCUGCCCGUCGACUUCAUCACCGCUGACAAGUUUGACGAGAAAGCCACCGUCGGCACCGCAACCGUCGCUGCUGGCAUCCCCGCUGGCUGGAUGGGUUUGGACUGUGGACCGGAGAGCUAUAAGGCCUUCGGGGAGGCCGUGGGCAGGGCCAAGCAGAUCGUCUGGAACGGCCCGGUCGGUGUGUUCGAGUGGGACAACUUUGCCAAAGGGACGAAAAACAUGAUGGACAAAGUGGUCGAGGUGACCAAAACAGGCUGCAUCACAAUCAUCGGCGGGGGCGACACCGCCACUUGCUGCGCCAAGUGGAACACGGAAGACAAAGUCAGCCAUGUUAGCACAGGAGGCGGAGCCAGCCUGGAGCUGCUGGAGGGUAAAGUCCUGCCAGGUGUGGACGCACUGAGCAGCGCCUAAACUUCCAUCAGCCCGCGUGUGUGUGUGUGUGUGUGUGUGUGUGUGUGUGUGUGUGUGUGUGUGUGCGUGGGUGCACAUGGAGAGGUGGGUGUCUGCUCCUGUGUACUGCUGAAACAUUUCAAAACAAAACACCUGCUUUAACAGCCAUUUAAUCUUCUAUUCAAUCUUUGUUUUUUAAUUAAAACCAGAGAUUAAUUUCCUUUGCCUCAGAUCUGUCAACGCUGUCUGUAACAUUCUGAGGAAAUGGAUCAUUCAUUAGAUCAAACGGCUUGUUAAAGUGGAAGUUGUCAAACGGCUGAAACGCAUCAGAUACGUUGUUACCGUCGCCUGAAUCUGGGUUCAGUCCGGCCGUUCAGUCCCGAGAUACUUAAGGACUGGCUCUGUGCGUGUGUGUUGCUGCGUCACUUUUGCAUAACCACCCACUUGGAAACAUCCCUGCAACACCCACAGUAAAUAUGAUAACACGGUUCAUGUGAUGUACGUAGGAGUUCUGUCUUUAAAACCUGGUUGUUGGUUUCUGAGCGGCUUCAGACGGAGACGAGAUGUCCGCUGAUCUGUUCAGAUUAAUAAAUCUGUCUCUGUGUGAAAAAA